AUGACUCAAAUCCCCGCUGGAGCUCAGCUUUCUCCUGUUGAUCUUCCGCCCCCUCCACCUGGAGCUGAUCCACGAGAACCUACAGCUGCAUUGACACCUCGACAACGAGGAUCUCGUACACCUCAACGACCUCGUUCUCCGCUCGCGUCAAGGGAUACAUCACCUGUUCGACCAUUAGGAAACAGAUCUCAUUCAUCAGAACUUGGUGCUUCUCCACCUCCCCAUCCAGGACUUCAUCAACCAAUUCCCAGACCUUCAAGUUCUUCCAUUCCCAUCCAUCCUCACCCACAUCAUCUCUCUAGACCUCCUUCACCUUCUUCAAUCCAUUCAUCCGGAUCAGCGAUCUUCGAAAGAGAUAUUGAGUUCCCACCUGUAUCUUCAUUAACACUCAAUUCUAAUAACCCUAAUGCAAAUCAACCUCAUACACUCAACCACAAAACCAGUAGAUUAUCUCAUCUCUCUCAUGGAUCAGCAUUAGAUCAUACCGUACCUGCUGUUCUGGAUGAUGCAGUCGAAGCCUUAACUGCGGGAGGAGAUGGUUUGAGUAGAGGAUUUGAAGGGUUAGAAAUUGAAUCUCCUGUACCUGCCAAUAAUACCAAUGCUUUGGGAAUGGGAAUGGCAAGACAAUCAUCUUCAAGCUUACCAGGUAGAAGGAUCUCUUCCACUGCUGGCAUACCUCAUCAAGGUCACGUUCACUCAAGAUCCCCAAGUCCCAUUUCGAUCGCAUCCAGAAAUUCGUCUGCCAUAGCUUCUCCAGCUACUUCACCACCUAUCCUAGGUCAACUUAACACUCAACAUUCCUUCCCUGUUAGGAUCUCUGAAGGUCAAGUCAGUCCAACGGCUGGUCAAGAUGGUUCUGGUGGACUACCUCAAGGAUUGACCGGGACUGUACCAAGACCUGCUAUGCCUCAAAGAAUGAGUACUGGUCCUCAGGUACCUGGUGGAUGGGCCUUCGGUAAUCCUAAUCCUUCGGCAUCAGUCCCUACCUCUUUACCUACUCAAGUAGAACCUACCCAAGCACCUCCAGCUCAAUACGUUGCUGAUGAAGGAAUUCCUUCACCAACUGCCGAGAGCCCCAAUGACCUGGCUCGAACACUUACACCGUCUUCGAUCCCUUCUCAUGUAUCGCCUAACAAGAAUAAACAUCGUAUUUCUUAUUUAUCAUACAACGAUUUAUUACUUUCGGUUCCUACAAAAGUAACCUCUUUGGAAGAUAUCACUUCUGGUAAUUUAUCACCUGAUCAUUUGCCAGGAACAGUUUCACCUUCAAUGUCAACUAGAUCGCCUGUGAUCCCACCUCUCAACCCUGGAGACUCGAGCUCUUCCAUCAUAGGGGUAGGGAACUUAUCUCCCUCAAUCACUCCAGGUAAUAACAAUGUUGGCGGUGGUCUUGCUCAAGCGGGAGGAAAAUCCAUUCAACCAAGAGCAAGUUUCGAUAGCCAAUCUCCUGUAAGACUCGGUGGGUUAGGUCUAGGUGAAGGAGAAUGGGAGAGAGAAGGUCUAGGUAAAGGUUUAGAACAAAGAUUAGAAGAAGUCGCUCAAGGUGAAAAUCAAGGUCAGAACUAG